GAUUCUUCUUCAGCCUUUUCCGCUGUGGAAAUCGAUCGUCGUCGGCUCCUCCUCCGCCGUCCAUCAGAUUGCCGGCCUGGUUCGAUUUUCACAAGCUUUCCAUUCCUUCUCAUCUCCAACCCUAAGACUGGGGAUUUAAUUUCGCUGCUGAUUGCCGGUUAUCCUUGCCCCAACGGAAGAGGGAGCUACUUUGUGGGAGACAGCAGAUAGCACCGAAGCAGGAAAUAGUUCGGUUGGUUUUGGCGGCUGCGUUCACCUGGAGGCGACUCGAUUGGAGGUUCAGCAUACAGCCGGGAUGGAUACAAGUUUCGCCAAGGAGCUUUACUCUGAAAGCUUGGAGCUUUCUACCGCCAAAUUGAAUGAUCCCGUCACAGCCCACCGGCAUGAACUUUUACAGGAUUCGAGCUUAUGUGAAGGUGACUUCGAGGAUGAUGAUGAUUGGUCGGAUAAAACUUCCGAUUUGGAUAGGGUGUGGCAGAAGAGACGCUCCGAGUUUAAUGCAAUCGGAUAUCGUGAUGGCCUGAUUGCUGGGAAAGAAGCUAUCGCGCAAGAAGGAUUCAAUAAUGGGUUUAAGCAGUCAGUGAUUGCAGGAUACAACUGGGGCACUGUUAGAGGCGUUACCAGUGCAUUUUCUUCCUUGCCGGACAGUUUAAAGGAAAAGUUGGUUCAAACAGAGGAAAAGAGAAAGAAAUUUCAAGAACUGCAUGAAGAUGUACUGGCAGAGGAAGCAGCAGGGAAGAAGAUUAAACACAACGAGACUGGUGAAAAGCCGCAAAAGGGAAGUUCCAGUUUGAAUUCAAGACAUCUUGGACAAUAUGCCGAAGAUCUUCACUCCCUUCUUCAUGAUUCUCCAGCAAUUGAGUCAAAUCUUUUGGCAGAGUAGAGAAUGGUUACAUAUGCCAAGUAAGAAGUAGCAUAUUGACACAUUUUUAUAGAGCUACUAGAGAUUGAAAGCUGUGCUUCGCAGCGGCAUGUGGUGAUAUAAGUGUUUGACGUGUUGUUUUGGAAACCCGUCUACUAGAAUAAAACGGCGAGAUGAGCAACAUCACAAUUCACAAUAGGUGUAAGUAGCUGCAAAAUUUGUUGAUCCAUCCAACUUUCAGGAUUUGUACGUUCGUCCGCAUCUAUACACACUUGAUCCUCAUCUUGCGGAAAUACAGGAAUAAAACAUGGUAAACUGGCUAUGAACGAAGAAAAUAGAUUCAAACUCGAAAGUUGCAACUACUAAGUCAGACUCAUUCGACAAACACACCAAUACAUCCAAUCGGGAAAAAUAGCACUCUGUUCAAGUAGUCCCUCUUGCAGUGGUGGCAUGGCAACUACAUGAAGCAGCUCCCGGAAAAGUGACAUCCAGACCCCCACCAAAUCCUCGCAGAACACCUUCGGUUCAAGCCCUUGAAUGUAAGAGAAACUUGGCUAUCAUGUUGCUUGAACUAGCACAAAAUGAAGGGAUCAUGAGCAAUGGGUACAUAAGAAAAUAAAGCACGUAAUUGUAUAUGUAGAUUAAUUCAUAAUGUAAAUAUGUUGAUUAACCUGAAUCUACUAUGAAUCUGUGCAAAUGGUGAUAGAGUUUUAAGGUUCCGAGAGUGAUUGAACAAUUACACAAAAUAUAUAGCAGGACGGAACCAGACACAGUAGCAUAUUUUGUCUUGUGGUGACCUAGAUCUGCUUUGCUUCCCCCUUACGUUAGAGACCCUCUGAUCUAGGGUGCUCCCGGUCGUGUAAAGAAUUGGGAAUAGGAGAUCAAUUACGAAUUUACCUUUCUAGGGAUUAGAGAAGAGUAUUUAGGAGCAGAUUUUGAGGAAGAAGGUUGGAAGAGGGCGGGCCCGACGAUCGCACCCAGAGAGAAAUGAAGAGAAGGAAGUCGACCAGGGAGAGAGAGAUGAUUAUAGAACGUAAUUGUUCUCAUAAAACCUAAUGGGUUAA